AUGAAUGGCGACUACCUGAGGGAGCUUAUCCAUGGCGAGAUAGUCCCGGCGAUCAAAGAAAUGUUCGUCGAACUAAAACAGAACGAUUCACUCGAGGAGAACAUUAUACCAGAGCCGGAAUCGGAACCGAAUGCCAACUUGAACCAAUUUGGAAAUGACGGCGCUCAGGGUGAUGAGGGAAAGACUGGAAAGGAGGCUGAGAAUGAUACUGAAAAGGAGGAAAUGAUUGCAAAUGAGAGGGGAGAGGACAUGGAUGAAAACGAUCUCGAGGUUUCUCCCGCGAAAAAGGCGAGUCUCACCAAAAAAACCUCAACUGCGAGAUCAGCUCCCAGCCCGAAGUCCCAGAAUGUUCAAAGCGACAGGUCCCAGUCCAAGAAGCGUGGACGUAGCGAUUCUGGGCAGCCCGUGGAGUCUACCGCCACUCAUGAUGGUUCUUCUGUUGCCCCAAAGAGACCCAGGAAGACUAUUACUGGCAACGAUCAUGACAAAACUGCCCGGAGUAAAACCUGA